UUACAAAUAGUAUUCAUCUAAUUCACCAUUAGUUUUAUUUUUAACACAUCUAAAUAUAAUUUGAAUAUUUAAUUAGAAUAUUUUAAAAAUCACGUUACCUACAGGAUUCUACGUGUAUAUAUUUUUACCACAAUUUCGGAUACAAAAAAUUAACUAUAUUUUUUCAAAAAAAUGGUAGGAAUUAAAAACAUUGAUAAAAUUCUUUACGUUGUCUUGCACUAUUAAUUUACAAUGCUUGAAGCUUUCGUGUGGCCAGGAAAAUGAAUAAAUAAAUACAAAGAGCCACAUUAAAUAUUUCAAAGAACAAACAUAUAAAGCUCCUUAAAGAAUGCCUAGAGACAUGCUUAUUGCUUACCACUAAAGUUCCUGAAAGGGUCAAUUCUAUCACCCGCUUCUAAUGGAAAUUUCAGAUCAAACUUGCAUUUUCUUUUACUUCCUUUCAGGUUCUGCAUUUCAAACUUAUUUGAUGAAUUUUCUGUAGAUUUUAAUGAUCACUACCUCAUUGUUGUAAUAAAGUUGCAACUGGCUCUGUGUAGUGUGUUUUUCUUGGAGAAAUGGAUGGGAUUUUUGAAUGUAUUGAUGGAAGAUUUGAAGUAUCUUUAGCAGAUUCUACAAUGAUGUGGAUUGUGCACUAUGCCAUGAACAAAGCUCAAGAGAAGAUGAAGGAGAAAACAGGAGUCAUUGAACGGUUGAAUGAGAUAUCAAAGUUCUAUGAACUAGCAGUGAUGCAACUUGAAGGUUGUCUAAGCAUUGUUCAUGCAGAGACUGAAAGCAGCUUUCUUGAGAGCAGCCAUGAAGAGGUACUCAAUGAUUUGAGAGACAUAAAAGAUCGCCUUCAAUGGCGUCUCAAGGAAUCUGAAUUAGCCAUAGUAGAGAAGGACAAAGAGUUGGCACAGAGAUUAGAAAAUGAGUUGCAACUCAGGCAUUCUUUAGAGCUGAAAGAAAGACAAUUGGUUUCUUUGGGUGUUAGCCAUGGGAUUGAAAUAAGUAAUCUCAAAGCUGAGAAUGAUGAAACAACAAGAAAUGAGCAUGGUGUUGGUAAUGGUGAAGGCGGUUUCUGUGAGUUGAGUACUAGUGAGAAUCAGCAAAAGCUUGAGCCACAACAUGACAUGUCAAGUGAGGUACAAAAUAAUGGUAUUGUUGGCAGGAAAAAGGUUGAAGAGAUGGGUUCUGACAUAGAUAUACUAAAGCAGACUAUGGAUCUUGCUUUUGGGAAGAUGCAAUCUGCCCUUUUCAGGUGUGAGAUGAGGUCAAAAGAGAGGGAAUGGAAGUUGACAAUUGAAAAGGAUGUAAUGUCUAUAUCAAUUGGAAGCUUCAUGAGGGAUUUCCAAGAGAACAUUGAAGCAAAAGUGAAGAGGGAUGAGAAUCAGGUUGUCAAAGUUUGGAAGGACCAUUGGCCGCGAUUGAUGAAUGAGUUUACAAAUUUGCAGCUUGAAUUUGCCACUUUCCAUGACACAUAUCCUGAGGAUUCUGACUGUUCAUCACUUUCUUCCCCAUCAAAGCCUUCUUCACCGACAAAGCCUUCUUCACCAGAAGGAAGUCAUGAAAUGCCUAACAGGUUCUCUCAGAAGAUGGAAGAGACAGAUAAACCACCCGAAGAGGAAGAAAAUGAGGAUGGGAGCAGCAAAUAUGUUGCUAAGUUGAUAAAGAAUCAUGAAUCUAUUAUUCGCCGAAAGAGUGAAGAAUUGAAUUUGAGUAAGCAUGGAAUAUCACAAGAAAGAAAGGCCUCAUACGUGAGGAGAAGAAAGGAACUAAAUCGUGUGAGAGAAAGAAUCCAUGUUGUCGUUGAAAAAUUGGACAGUUUUAUACGUCGCAAUGCUAAACUUAUCGAAUCUCUUUUCAACCAAAGAGCUAUUCAUAAUGCAGAACCGUUUUCAGGGAGAAAGUUAUCAGAAGUAGAUGAAAUCCAUACUAUCAAGGAUGUUGAAAGUCAUAGAAGUGCUGAAAAACAGGUAAAAGGAGUCUGUGAUGCUGAAAAUGAAAAACAGAAUGAAUUAAUAGGGAUGUCACAAAUAGAAAGAAAGGAAUAUAACACAACGCAAAAUUUAAUAUUAGAAAAUGUGUGUGGUUUUGUAAAUGAUCAGGUAGAAGAAAUCAAUAGUAAAUCCUGCAAUUUUGACUUGGAGAAGCAAAUACAGGAGUGUGUAUAUAAAUACUACUUAAGGGAAGUAAUCAAUGAGUGGAAUGGAAUCAUUGAAAAACAAACAAUUGAAAGGAAAAUUAGAGAUGAAAUAUAUUUGAUUGUCUUGUCUGAGGCAGUUAUAGAUAUCCGUGCAAAUCAAGAAUUUGCCUUAAUCAAGGGAAAUGACGGUGAAGCUGAGGAAAGUUGUUUACAGUGCUUGACAUGUAGUAACCAGGUAGAUAAAAUAAAUAGUACCAUAAAUGACAAUAUAUGCAUGCUUGUCUUUAGGAAAACUGUUGAUGAAUUCAACAAAAUGAUGGCAGAUUGCAAUGCAGACUGUGUCAUAAGAGAACAUAUACAUCAUAUUGUCUUUGGUGAAACAUUGAAAAUUUUUGUCAAUUAUGCAAGUUUUGCUUCAAAGGAGCGAGAAAACAGGAUUCAGAAUGAUUUUCUAGAUCAGUUACAGUUUAUAACCAUAGAAAGUUUUCUGAAGGAGGAUGUGUGUAUGGUUGUAUUUAAAGCUAUGGUUAUGGAAUGGAAAUUGGAACUAGAUAACUAUUAUAUGGAAAAUUACAUCAGAGAGAAUAUAAAUCAAGUUUUCUUGGCUGAGACAUUGAAUGAUGCCUUUCUCUUGUCCAUGGAAGCCAAAUCAAUGGUUCAAGACAAUACCAUAGAAGAUAGUUGCUCUACCUCUACUAUGAUGUUAAAUCAAGUUCGGAAAGUUCAUGGAGAAGAGAACUUGACAAUUAUAUUGUUAGAGUCUCUACUUAGUUGUUUUGAAGCAGAGGAGAAUCUGAUGCUAAGUGCAAAGUGUGAGAUCAAGGAACAAUGCAGGGAACUUGACUUGGGUUCAGAACGUGGAGACCUACAUGAGCACGAAAUAUUUGAAGAUUUGAUAACUGCGGAAGAACAGACAUUCUCUUCACUGACCAGCAAGGUAGAAAAUGUCUUGCAACAAUUAGGUAUAAGCAAGGCACUUCUUAGAGAGUUAGGCACCAACUUAGGGCACAGUUUACGUGACUCAGAAAGUUUUCAUAAUAAAAAAUCUGCUAAUGAAGAAGGUCAAUUGAGGCUGUCUUCUUCUGCUUUCAUGCCCCUUUUGAAUCUUUUACUGACAUUUGCUGAAUUUGGGUCAAUGAUAUGCCAGAAAUUUGAGAUGAUGGCUGUGAGGUUGGCAAAGAUGAAAUGUUGUUUGGAUCCUGUUAUUGAAUUGGUUGGUUGCUUGAGAAGCAAACAGUCACUUUACCAGAAAGCCUUCUUUAAAAGGUGCCAGAAUCUCCAAAAAGCCGAGGCUGAGGUUGAUCUUCUAGGUGAUCAAGUGGAUUCACUUUUAACAUUACUUGAGAAGAUAUAUGUAACCCUUCAUCAGCAUGCACCAGCUUUGCAGCAGUACUUUGAGGUCUAUGAAAUUUUGGAGUUAAUAAAAAGAGAGCUGACUAGCGGAGCUGUUGAGGCUGCAAGUAUUGUGACACAAACAAAUUUCCCGACUCAUUUACGCACAUCUUCACUGUUGGAAUUUGCAAACUAAUGUCUAUGGAGGGAGAAAUACUCAUCGCACGUAGAUAGUGGAAUGGAAGCUUCAAUCUCUUCUCCUUCUCUCCAACGCUUGGAAAUCCUAUCAGAACAAUAAGAGGAAAAGCUUGAAGAAUCUCAGGAAACCACUAGAGAUGUCGCUAUCGCUGUCACAAUACACACGUGAGCCCGCUUAGAGAUGACUAGGUGAAUGACUUUAUGGAUGACUUUAAAGAACCUCGUGUCAGAGAACGUUGAGACACAAUGCUCUAAUAGGAUGUGAUAUUGAGGAUUAGUUUUUAUUUUAAUUGCAUAAUAUUAUUUUAUUUUA